AUGGCUGACAUUUCCGCCCUGCUUGACCAGUCCCUCUUUGAGCCCAUUGACCCCGCUAUCACGCAAGAGGUCCUCAACAAGUCUCCUUUUGUCCCUAUACCCGGUGUCGCCAACUUUAGAGACUUGGGUGGCCUACCCAUCGUCGACCCAAACACGUUCAAUUCAAUCACGCCUGAGGGCAAGACGAAACUAUUCGAGCUUGAUGUCGGAGCAAUUUUCGAUUUCAGGACAACGAUGGAAAUUCGACGCGAGGCGCGUCUGCCCCAAGAUGCGGACGUGAAGAGUGGCGUGCCCGAGUUCAAACGGCCAAAGUCGUCACACGAUAGUAGCCAUGCAGGAGACGUUUCUCUAGACGAGAUUGAAGAAAUUUGCGUCUAUCAUAAUCCUCUGAAAGAUAUUACUCAGCAUGCGCCUCAAGCAUUGAUGAAGCUUUUGACGCAAAUGAGCGCCGGGGAUGUGGGGAUGAUAGGAUCGUAUGAAGACAUACUUGCAGAAGGAGGGAAGAGUUUUGGGAAUAUUAUGAGAUUCCUCUUGGAACAGGCGGAGAAAGAAGUGUCUGAAGGCGUCGUGGAAGUGAAAGAUUCCAAGCUUUUGGGUGUUCCAGACACGUUGAUCGCUCAUGACUAUGCACUGACACGAAUUGGUCUUGAGCCUCUUCGUGAGGCGCUUGAAACCCAGUUCAAGGACUUGAAGGCAGCUAACCAAGCGGCUGCACUUACGCUUGGAUCCAGCAAGGCUUCCACCAUGAUGACGCUCCUCGAAUUACUCAGGACCAAGUACGGCGGAGCUCGAGGCUACUUCAAGGAAUAUUCCGAGUUGACGGACGAAGAGUUAGAUACGAUCAGGAGGUCACUCAUCGUGAACAGUCAAGAACAAAGUUUUGAUGGAGUCUAUAGUAGGCUCUGGACCCAUCAGACCGCCGUCUGUUGGUGCCUGCCUCAGAUAAUAGUGACCACUUCGCGCGCUAUUGGUGCUGCCACUCAAUUCGACAAUUCAGUUCCUUUUGCCUCCCCUCCUCAAUCCCCUGCGAACAUCCAUCUGCAUAACAGGUUCGUCACCGGCAUAAAGUCUAUUCCUGAAACUGAUUGUGCAAGUCGUGGAGCGAAUAAGGGCGACCGGUUACACCUUCAGGUGACAGCAACAGUACUCUCAGCACCUCCAUUCAUCUCUGUUCCUGGAGUCGUCAACUUUCGAGACUUAGGUGGCCUGCCGAUAACACGAGGGACCAGUGAGGGCACGGGAGCAGCAGCGGGAAUCUCCACCACCACCACUAAUGGCAGUCCCAGCACUGGGGCCAACGAAUUAGACGAUAGGUGGGUGGUCGGGUCGGGUCGGUUGUUCCGAUGUGCCCAGUUAAACUUGAUCACGCCCGAGGGGAGGGAGCGGUUAUUCGACCCUUUGGAUGUGGGUGCCAUCUUUGACUUGAGGACGAUGGCAGAAGUGAGGAGGUAUGCGGGUGUGCCUGCUGACAGCCAGGAUCCGACGGCUGGGCUAAUGCAGUUUAACCGCGCACGGCAACCAGGGUCUAGUGGAGGAGGUGAAGAUGGUGGGAAUGGUGAAGAGGAGAUCAAGGUGUACCAUGUCCCGCUGAGAGAUGUUGCCCUCUCUUCACCACAAGCCACGUUGGAACGGUUGAUGAUAUAUGGAAAAGGGGAGGAAGGGUUCAUGGAGAUGUAUGAGGAGAUGCUGGUGCUAGGCGGGAAGAGUUUUGGACAGAUCAUGCGCUUCCUCUUGCAAACCGCCAAGGAGGAGUACGUUCAAGUCGAGGAGGGCCAAUGGAAGGGAAAGGCGUGUCUAUGGCAUUGCUUUGUGGGAAAGGAUAGAACUGGUGUGUUUGCCGCCCUCUUGCUGAACCUGUUGGGUGUGUCGGACGAGGUCAUCGCACACGACUAUUCCUUGACACGAAUCGGCUUGGAGCCAUCCCGAGAGGCGAUCAAGGAGCAGUUCAAGCAGAUCAUCAUCGCCGACAGGCAAGCAGCUAUCGCAUUAGCUUCGAGCAACGCGAGCCUCAUGCUGAGAUUCCUUGGCUUGCUAAAGACCAAGUAUGGAGGGGCGAGGGCGUAUUUCAAAGAGUAUUCUGGCUUGACGGACGACGAACUGGACCUCAUCAAACGCUCCUUGAUAAACGUGACGCUUGGUAUACGGAACCGAGGAGAGCAGCAAUACACUAGUGGGAAGAACACGCUGCAACUCGACCCUGUGGAUUUGUCAUCGUUCACGACAAAAAGUCAGCAAGAGGCUCUCCUCUACAGUCCGUCCUCGUACCUCAUUAACCCAGACUAUUCGGCUUACGAGCCCAGUCGCGAGCCACAACGUGUUUCUAAGGUUCGGAUUAGAUUACGAUGCUUCGCCUACCCUCCCAGCUGUGAAUUGACAACCACCACAUAUAGGGUCGUAAGCGCCCCUGGCAAAACCCAGGUCUCGUAA